CCUCACUCCCCAGCUCCUCACCACACCACACCGAGAGCGAGACGCCCAAGCGACCACUCUACAGCUUAAGCCACCGCCCGAGCGCAAGAACAAGUCGCAGCCAAGAACAAGUCCGGUCUCCAGCGAAGCUUAGCUUGCUGUGCCAGCCAUGUCGUCCAUGGAGUUGCUCCACGCCGUGAUCCCGGAGCAGCAGCACGAGGAGGAGGUGGCACUGACGACGAGCAGCAGCGCCACGAGCUGCGAGGAGGGCGGCCACAUGCUGCAGGGGUGGGCCAAGAGGAAGCGCUCGCGCCGCCAGCGGUCGGAGGAGGAGAACCUCGCGCUCUGCCUCCUCAUGCUCUCCCGUGGUGGCCACCACCGCGUCCAGGCGCCUCCGCCCCUCGCGGCGCCGGCCGCCGCUGAGUUCAAGUGCUCCGUCUGCGGCAAGUCCUUCGGCUCCUACCAGGCGCUCGGCGGCCAUAAGACGAGCCACCGGGUCAAGCAGCCGACCCCCCCUCCUGCUGCUGCUCCGGCACUCCUCGUGGAGGCCCCCGCCCCAAUCACCAUCCUACCGCCAGUGGACCUCCGUGAGCCGGCCACUUCAUCCACCGCCGCGUCGUCCGACGGAGCGGCCUCUAACAGGGUCCACAGGUGCUCCAUCUGCCACAAGGAGUUCCCUACGGGCCAGGCGCUCGGCGGGCACAAGAGGAAGCACUACGACGGCGGCGUGGGUGGUGCCGCUUCCACCGAUCUCGUGGCCGCGGUGGCCGCCGAGACAUCCGAGGUGGGGAGCUCCGGCAACGGCAGCUCUGCCGCCCGGGCGUUCGACCUCAACCUCCCGGCCGUGCCGGAGUUCGUGUGGCGGUGCGCCAAGGCCGGCAAGAUGCGGGAGGAAGACGAGGAGGUGCAGAGCCCCCUCGCCUUCAAGAAGCCUUGCCUCCUCAUGACCGCGUGAACAGCCGCGCGGAUCUGAUCCAUCCAAGUUUUUUGUCGAACACUAUUCGUUCAUUGGUUUGGCGCUAGUACUAUUGUUUGAUUUGUUACUGCUAUUGUACAGAGAGUGUGAGAUACAUAGCCACAUACACCUAUAGGUCUUCUUCCUCUUCUGGUUCUCUGUAACACUGGAAGAGUAUAAAUGUAUCCUUAGCUGUCAGCAUACUGUAGUUCAUACUCAUACAUAUACGAUUGAUGAAUCAGUACGCUGUAACAUAAACAUAUAUAAAUUGAUUAAAGAUUAUGGAA